AUGAUAAGGGGAAGCAUACCAAAACAGAUAUUCAAUCUGACAAACUUAACUUACUUAGAUUUAGGCAAUAAUUUUAUCAGCGGCAAUAUUCCAUCUGGAAUUGGAAGAUUUCGUGAGUUGGAAAGAUUGUAUUUGUAUGGGAACAAAUUAGAAGGAAGCAUUCCAAGUGAGAUAGGUCAAAUGCAGCAUCUCGGACUCUUAAACCUUAGUCGCAACCAGUUAUCUGGAAAAAUACCAGAUUCUCUUUGUAGCUGCCAGCAGUUAAGAUAUCGUUUCCUUCAGCACAACAAGUUAUCAGGGGCGAUCCCUGUUAGUUUGGAGGGAUGUCAGAAGUUGGAGCUCCUUGACUUAUCUUACAAUAAACUAGGGGGAAGAAUACCUCGUGAAGUCAUUGCCAGCCUUAAAAAUCUGCAAUUCUACCUCAAUCUCUCAUGGAACUCUCUGCAAGGAUCCUUGCCACAGGAGAUUAGUAAAAUUGUAAUGGCUCAAGCCAUAGAUAUAUCUGGAAAUCGACUGACAGGGGUCAUUCCAAAAUCUGUAGGAGACUGCACAGCAUUAGAACAUCUAAAUCUGUCCCACAACGCCUUUGUAGGUCCAAUACCAGAGUCACUUUCCAAAUUACGAAAUCUCCAAGAGAUGGAUCUUUCUUUCAAUAAUUUGUCAGGGCAGAUUCCAGAAGUAGGGUUGUUUCCAAAUAGAACUGUUGUAACAUUGUUUAUGGGGAACCCUGGCCUAUGUGGCCCAAAAAAUUAUUCAUUGCCUCCUUGCCCAAAUUUGACCCAGGAAAAUCAUUCCCUACUCAAAAAAAUAGUCUUAUCAGUUGUUGGAACCAUUGCAUUUGUAGUAUGCUGUUUCAUUCUAGGAAUGCUACUGAGGCAUAAACUUUCAAGGCAACUAGUCCUUCCCUCGACCUUUACUUUUCGAAGGCUCGACCAUCCAAAAUUUUCUUAUCAAGAUCUUGUCACUGCAACAUCAGGAUUUGAUGAGUCAAACUUGCUUGGACUGGGUAACUUUGGAUCAGUCUACAAAGGUGUUUUGAGGGAUGGUAAGGUAGUUGCCAUCAAAGCUCUUAAUUUGCAAACUGAAGAAGCUGAUAAGAGUUUUAACAGAGAGUGCAAAUUGUUAGGGAGGAUUCGGCACCGUAAUCUCAUUAAAGUCAUAAGUGCAUUUUCCUACCCUGGUCUCAAAGGUUUAGUUCUUCAAUUUGCAACUAAUGGGAGCUUGGAAAAACAUUUGCACCCUGACAGAGAUGAUGAGGGCUUUUGUAAAUUGGGAUUGAGAGAGUGUUUGAGCAUUGUUAUAGAUGUAGCCCAUGGCAUGGAAUAUUUACAUCAUGAUUGUCCUCUACAAAUUGCGCACUGUGAUUUAAAACCUAGCAAUGUGCUCCUAGAUGCCGACAUGACAGCCCUUGUGACUGAUUUUGGUAUAGCCCGUUUAAUUACUGUUACAAACUCAGAUUCACUGAGUACAACAACAUUUACACUCAAAGGAUCCAUUGGCUAUAUUGCUCCAGAGUAUGGAUUGGGUGGGAGUGUUUCUACAAAGGGAGAUGUUUAUAGUUAUGGAAUUCUGAUAUUAGAGAUGGUUACAAGGAAUAGGCCAAGUGAUGACAUGUUUGAGGGAGACAUGAACUUGCAAAAGUGGGCGAGGUUAGCUUUUCCAGACAGAUUGGUAGAUAUUGUUGAUAGUGAGCUGUUGAAAGAUGUGAAUGAAAAUAUGGAAGACAAUAGAUGUCUUCUUUCUUUUAUUCAUAUUGGUUUGCUUUGCACUAGUGAAUCAGCAGGAGAGCGACCUUCCAUAAGAGAUGUAGCCAAUGCUUUGGAGAGCCUCAAGGCAACUUUCAUGGGAGGUGCAGCUACUUCCAAUUUGACAUCUACCAUAUCAGACCUCUUACACAAUGCCAAUCCCACAGAAACAUUGGCAUCUAAUAGUCAAAGUUCUACAUUUUAGAUGCUUAUAACUUCUAUUACGAAGUUUUAGUCCUUUAUGUUUGCUAGUUUCAAGUUUGUCUUGUGUUCCUUUAUGUUUGCUGGUUUCAAGUUUGUUUGUCUUCCACCACAAGCUAGUCUUAUUUCAUGUCAAAUCCAGCUUAAAUGCUAGCUCUUUGAGCUUGUAAGCUGUUUAAAUUCAUGGGUAUGCAUUGUACCUGUUUUUAAAAGUAUGAAUUUGUCAAUACAUAUAAAAACAAUGCAAAAUUUGUACCAUAUUGUACUAUUUAUAAUAGCCAUUCCUUUCAUAAUAUGCAA